UUGGGGUAUAGCUUAUGUGAAGUAGGAUUAGAGGACACAGUUACAUGUGCAGCAGCCCCGAAGCCGUGGCGCCUCUUCAAAACCGUACCGAAAAUCGUCUCUUCUCGCCAUGCCCGGGACUCGACGGUGGAUUUUUCCCCUCUUGACCCUCCCAUUCCCCAUUUUGAGCUGUGCUCUUCCAUGGCAGAUCUGGCUCCGAAGCUUGAUCAACCAAGUACUCUUACACUCUCCCUCUCGCAUCCUUCCGCUUCUGAGCUCCAUGCCAACCUUUCAAGCCUCAUUCAAAGUGCAAAUCUGGCCGACGUGUGUUUCUAUGCUCUCUCGAACUACGUUCGCUUUUGCUGUCACUUUUCCGGGCCCACAGAGCAGCUGAGUCUUCAUCAGUCAAUCCACCUGGAGACAUUCAUUUCUCGCCGCCUCCAACAGCAUCGUCAGGGCGCCAAUUUCGCAUCAAUCAAGCGAAACAUUCCCCGUCCUCAAUCAAAUCACAUGAUACACACCCUCCCUCGCGCUGCGGACAUGAAGGAUCUGUCAGGUCUUUUGUGGGGACAAUUGCAUUCAGUUGACUCGGGUCGUCCAAACCUGAGGAUCGCAGAGAGAGGGUGGCCAAAUUGGCCGUCUCAUAUGAAUUUCGAGGCUUGUCUUUACCUCACUCGUUCCACGGCACACCCACACACGAUCAGCAUGGGCCGAGGGUAUCGCACAACUCUGGACAACCGAGGGGUCAGUUCACCUGAAUUUCGGCUCCGCUAA